UCCCGACUCACAGCGGCUGGAAUAAAAGCAGCCGGCUGACGCUGCAGGCUUCGGAGCCACAGCCCAGCCCAAGUGCUGCAGCCGCUGAUUCCGCAGAGUCUCAGCUUCCAGGCACUGCCAACAGACAGGCAUCAUGGGCUUCCUCAAGUUCUCCUCUUUUCUGGCUCUUAUCAUCUUGGUCCUGUACCAAGUGGGCACUCUCCAUGCCAUGCCAUUCAGAUCUGUCUUGGAGGGUAGCCCAGACCUCACCACACUCAGUGAGGAAGAAGCUCGCCUCCUGCUGGCUGCUCUGGUGCAAGACUACGUGCAGAUGAAGGCCGGUGAGCUGGAACAGGAGCAGGAGACAGAAGGUCCCAGCCUGGCCAGUCCCAGAUCUAAACGGUGUGGUAAUCUGAGUACCUGCAUGCUGGGUACAUAUACGCAGGAUCUCAACAAGUUUCACACGUUCCCCCAAACUGCGAUUGGGGUUGGAGCACCUGGCAAGAAAAGAGAUAUGGCCAACAACUUGGAUAUGGACCACCGCCCUCAAUUUGGCAUGCCUCAAAGCACCAACUAACCCCCCCUCUCCUUCCCAAUUUCCCUUCUUGCUUCCUUUCUAUAACUUGGUACAUAUGGUUCCCCUCUGCUUGCUCUUUGGCUUUCCUUGUGGCAAAGGACAUCUGGACCUCAGUUGGUCUACAAGAAAGGAGGACUCACCUACUAGAAGAGAAGUACUCACGGAGAGGUCAAAAGGCAAGGGCAGCCUCUGAGGCUCCCAAAGAUUUCACAGCAUAUCUUCUCAUUCCUGAUUCCAAAUAUGAUGGUCAUUUGGGAAAUAAAACUAUUUUUCUAAAA